AACGCUGACGGGUAACUCUCAGCUGCCUAGAGGAAUAGGCUAUGAUGGAGUUAUGGAAAUGUUAUCUUCUGUUUGUGUUCUCAAGCUGCACGGUCCUCACAGUGGUUGAGAGUCAGGCUGUCAGUGUUGAUCCGCAGGUUACUGCCUACUUGGGAGGUGAAGUCACGCUGCGCUGUCAGUUCAGUCGGGGAGACACACCUGCCGAAGUCGUACAGGUUACUUGGGAAAAACAGAAAGUUAAUUUUGCAGUGUUUCAUCCAGGUCAUGGUAAGAGUUACGGCGAAUCCCCUUUGAAAGGACGGGUCAGUUUCACCGGCAGCUCUGUGAAUGAUGCCUCCAUCAGCAUCACUAAUGUUAAUAAGACAGAUGAGGGAACGUAUGCCUGUAAAUACAUCACUCACCCUGGAGGAAACAUUGAAGGCACCACCACAGUCACUGUGCACGUGGGUGAGAGUCAGGCUGUCGGUGUUGAUCCGCAGGUUACUGCCUACUUGGGAGGUGAAGUCACGCUGCGCUGUCAGUUCAGUCGGGGAGACACAGCUGCCAAAGUCGUACAGGUUACUUGGGAAAAGCAGAAAGUUAUUUUUGCAGUGUUUAAUGCAUAUCAUGGUAAGAGUUACGGCGAAUCCCCUUUGAAAGGACGGGUCAGUUUCACCAGCAGCUCUGUGAAUGAUGCCUCCAUCAGCAUCACUAAUGUUAAUGAGACAGAUGAGGGAACGUAUGUCUGUCAAUACACCACUCACCCUGGAGGAACCAUUGAAGGCACCACCACAGUCACUGUGCAAGCCCUGGCAGAGCAGCCCUGGAAGGGUGCAGCAGCAGUGGGCUCUGGGGUUGGAACUGCCCUGCUGCUCAUAGUCCUCAUAUCAGCGGCAGUAUACUUCAUUGUGAUGAAGCGCAGGCAGAGAUACCAAGCUCCGACAUGCAGCAGCAGCAGCAGAGGGGACCAUGCACAGGCUGUUGUGUAUGAAAAUACCAAAGAGUUGGGUGGACCCGUUGUGUAUGAAAACCUGGCUGAGGACUCAAUUGAGCCCAGGUCUGUAGCUUCAGAAAACAGAGAUGGUAAGACCCUGUUCAUCUUGGACCAUGCUAAGACUUGUAAUUUUAAGAUUGAAAAUGGCAUUUUGUGGCUACUGUAGCAUCAUUUUUGUCCUUCUUGCUUCUAGAUUAUCAGGAAUUGCAAUUCAAAGACAGUGCUACCUACUGCACCAUGAAGAGUCUUUGAAGAAUGGCAGGGCAGACCUGUGUAGGGCUUGGUAUCAUUUGGAUUUCAGCAAUUCCAGUUCCGGUUCUGCUUAUCUGUUCUGAUUCUUAAUGGUUCCAGGGUUCCGAUUCCAAUAUGGUUAAACAAAUACUGCCACUCCUAAAAUCUGAUUGGCCACCCCAGUGCCACCCCACACAUAGUCCAUCUGCAUUUACCAAGACACCGUUUUUACCAAGACACGUCUUUCCCGUUUUGCUGUAUCAAAAGUGCACCUGUCAGGAGCAGCAAUCUGAUUUGCGCGUUACUGUCUGUUUUAU